AUGUUACCUUUGUUACCUAAAAAAGGUUUAACUCUUCCUGGAUAUAACUAUUGCGGACCAGGUAACCCACUGGUUAAUGGAUCACCCGUUAAUCAGUUAGAUGAAGUAUGUAUGAAUCAUGACUAUUGUUACGAUAGUGGUCUAAGUAAAAAGGAAAAUAGUGAUAUUUUAUGCGAUUGUCCAAGACCUAAUCAUAAUAAUUAUCGUAAUAACCCUAAACCGGUUAUAGCAACUUAUAUACCUCCAAACGGAGAUGGUGAAGAUUCAUAUUAUCCUUCAAUUUAUGCCGCAUCUAAAGAUCUUGGUGUCAAUCCUGGUUUAAUAUCAAUGUGCUCUAUUCUUAAGGAAGAGGAAUAUUGUAUGGACACUUUGAAAGCAUAUUUUAACAAACCUUUAAAAAUGACAAAAGAAGAUGAGGCGUUAUUCAAAAAGCAAACUUCUUGUAAUAUCUGCGGAAAAGAAUAUGAAAAAGAUGAUAUUCGAGUUCGUGACCAUUGCCAUAUAACGGGAAAAUUUAGGGGAAGUGCUCACUCGGAGUGUAAUAUUAAUUUUAUACUGACACGCAAAAUUCCUGUUAUAUUUCAUAAUUUAAGAGGUUAUGAUAGUCAUUUUAUUAUGCAACAAAUAGGAAAAUUUGAAAAGAAAAUUGAUGUUAUUCCUAACAAUAUGGAAAAAUAUAUGGCAUUUAUGAUAAGCAAUUUGAUUUUCAUUGAUAGUUUUCAAUUUAUGUCGCAGUCAUUAGAUAACUUAGUGAAAAAUAUUCCAGAAUUUAAGUUUUUACCUCAAGAAUUUGAUGACUUACUGAAUUAUGAUUUACUCAAAACAAAAGGCGUUUAUCCAUAUGACUUCAUGGAUUCUUUUGAGAAAUUUGAAGAAACAAAGUUACCCUCUCAAGAAGAAUUUUAUUCUGUUUUAAAUGAGGCACAUAUAUCUGACAGCGAGUACACCCAUGCUAAAAAUGUUUGGAAAAAAUUUAAAAUAAAAACAAUGGGAGAAUAUCAUGACCUAUAUUUGAAAACGGAUGUUUUACUUUUAGCUGAUGUUUUUGAAAAUUUUAGAAAGACAUGUUUGGAAUACUACAAGCUUGACCCUUGUCACUAUUUUAGCAGCCCAGGUUUAGCUUGGGAUGCAAUGUUGAAAAUGACAGGAAUAAAAUUAGACUUAAUUUCUGAUAUUGACAUUCAUCUUUUUAUUGAAAAAGGUCAGAGAGGAGGAAUAAGUUAUAUUGCUAAUCGUUACAGCAAAGCAAACAAUAAGUAUAUGAAAGAUUAUGAUAAGGAUUUACCAUCUAAAUGCAUAAUGUACUUAGAUGCUAACAACCUCUACGGUUGGGCAAUGAGCCAGCCUUUACCCUCUGGGAAUUUUAAGUGGAUCACUCAGAAACAAUAUAAUAAAUUAAUCGCAAAAGGUAAAACAAACUUCAUUAUAGAAUGCGACUUUGAAUAUCCGGAUGAAUUGCAUGAUCUUCAUAAUGAUUAUCCUUUAGCUCCUGAAAAGAUUGUUAUACCUGAUGAAUGGCUUUCAAAGUAUAAUUCGCUUUGUUAUGAAAUAGAAACAGAAGAUGCUUAUGCAGAUUUUAAUGAGGAUAAAGACUUAUUUGAUAACAGUGAUUAUGAUCCAGAAUCAAAGUUUUAUUUUGAUGCAAAUAAAAAAGUAAUUGGAAAGUUUAAAGAUGAAGCCGCUGGAAUUCCUAUAGUUGAAUUUGUCGGACUUCGGUCUAAAAUGUAUUCAUACUUAUUAGAAAAUGAAGUUAACGUUAAGAAAUGCAAAGGCAUAAAGAAAAGCGUUGUAAAGAAAAAUAUAGUACAUAAUAAUUAUAAGGAGGCAUUGUUUGAUUCAACUCAAAAAUAUCACGAAUUUAAAGUUAUUCGGUCAAAUAAACACGAUAUAUAUUCUUAUGUUGUAAAUAAAAUAUCUUUGUCAUGUUAUGAUGAUAAAAGAUAUAUUCUUGAUAAUGGCAUCAAUACUCUAGCUUAUCAGGACAGUAGCUACGCCACUGUCUAG